CGAUCCCCCCCACCCAUGGCUGCGGCGGCGCCCACUGGCUGCUUCAAGUGCGGCCGCCCGGGCCAUUGGUCCCGCGACUGCCCUUCCGCACCACCCGCCUCCGCCGACCAAACUACCAACCCCUCCCGCUUCGCCUCCUCCUACCCCAACGCCAAGCCCAGGCCACCUCCAGCCGAGGGGGACGCGAGCGCCGAGAAUAAGAAUAAGAAGAGGAAGAAGGAGCGGGCCACGCGCCCCAAGCUCACCCCCGACCUGCUCCUCUCCGAUGAUGGCAUCGGCUUCGUCCUCCGAUACUUCCCCAAGGCAUUCAAGCCCCGCGCCCGACCAGGCCACGAGGUGGAGGACCUUGGUAAUCUCAUCAAGCUCUACACGGACUGGCACUCUCGCUUGAUCCCUUACUACUCCUUUGAACAGUUUGUGCGCAAACUUGAGAAAGUGGGGGCCACCAACCGUGUCAGGAGAUGCAUUUCCGAACUAAGGGACAGGGUUGCUAGAGGAGGGGAUCCUACAGUGCUGCAUGAGGCACCAGUUGAAGAAGUCACGCCAGCAGGUGAACCUGAUGGAACUGCACCUGAAGACCCAUUCUUAGGGACUGAAGAUAAUCAUGCCACCGGCCCAGCACACAAAGAUUUAAUGGAUCCACCAAUGGACAGCAAUGAUGUGGAUCUAAUGCAAGAAGAUUUGCUCGAUGAAAUCUAUGAAAAAGCAGCAGAUGAUCCCCGAAUCCCUUCUGGAGAGGGAUCCAAUAAAGAGGCUUCAGAGCCCUUGGCUCCAAAAGAAGCGAGCUCGCAUGAUGCUGCUGCAGGCAAGACGCAGAAGCAGCAGGACGGAGCAAGCAGCAGCAAGCGGGCGAAAAUUGAGCUGACUGAGGAGCAGAGGGCGCGCAUGGAGGCUAACAGGCUCAAGGCCUUGGAGAGAGCGGCGGCACGGGCUCGUGCCUCGCAGUCACAUGCCACCUAGAUGUGCCUAUAGUGGGUUGAGAUGCAUCAUUCUGUGGUGUCAGACGCCAUGCUGGAACAUGAUCUAGAGUACUGGUUUCCGAUAGAACUUUGAUGUUUUGUAGUCCCUUCCUCUUGAUGUAACAGGAUAAAGACUCUGAAGAUAUGGUGUUUGUUGAUCUUGAGCAGGGAAUGGAAUGUACUUGAAAGCUAGUUAA